UACACUUCCCAGAGAACCUAGCGGUUACGCCAACGCGCGCGUGCGCCCUUGCGCGUUUCUCUCUUCCCACUCGGGUUUGACCUACAGCCGCCCGGGAGAAGAUGGCUGCCCCAGCAGUGUCCGGGCUUUCCCGGCAGGUGCGAUGCUUCAGUACCUCUGUGGUCAGACCAUUUGCCAAGCUUGUGAGGCCUCCUGUUCAGGUAUACGGUAUUGAAGGUCGCUAUGCCACAGCUCUUUAUUCUGCUGCAUCAAAACAGAAUAAGCUGGAGCAAGUAGAAAAGGAGUUGUUGAGAGUAGCACAAAUCCUGAAGGAACCCAAAGUGGCUGCUUCUGUUUUGAAUCCCUAUGUGAAGCGUUCCAUUAAAGUGAAAAGCCUAAAUGACAUCACAGCCAAAGAGAGGUUCUCUCCCCUCACCACCAACCUGAUCAAUUUGCUUGCUGAAAAUGGUCGAUUAAGCAAUACCCAAGGAGUCGUUUCUGCCUUUUCUACCAUGAUGAGUGUCCAUCGCGGAGAGGUACCUUGCACAGUGACCUCUGCAUCUCCUUUAGAAGAAGCCACACUCUCUGAAUUAAAAACUGUCCUCAAGAGCUUCCUAAGUCAAGGCCAAGUAUUGAAAUUGGAGGCUAAGACUGAUCCGUCAAUCUUGGGUGGAAUGAUUGUGCGCAUUGGCGAGAAAUAUGUUGACAUGUCUGUCAAGACCAAGAUUCAGAAGCUGGGCAGGGCUAUGCGGGAGAUUGUCUAAAAGUGUUGGUUUUCUGCCAUCAGUGAAAAUUCUUAAACUUGGAGCAACAAUAAAAAGCUUCCAGAACAGAUCA